AUGGGCAAGAAGAACCAUGACAGUAACACGCAUAAUAACAAUGAAGAUGGAAAAAGCGACAGUGAAAGUGAUUACUUGGAAGAUUCUAUUGGUGUUAUGGGUAUCUGGCAAAUAUAUGUUUGCGUUGUAGCAGCAUCUACUAGAUUUAUAGGUAUGGGAAAUAUGUCGAUAAUAGUGUUUCUGACACCGAUAACUGAUUUUAUUUGCAUUGAAUUCAAAGAAAAUACAAAUAUGACAGCUGAGAAAAUGGCGUGCUAUGAUAAUUGUGUGAAAUAUGAAUAUAAUUCUGUCUCCAUGGAACAAACUAUUGUGACGGAAUUCGAUUUGAUUUGUGAAAGAGAAUGGAUGGCGAGUUUUGCUCAAUCUGUUAUAAUGUUUGGGCUUGUUAUCGGAGUAUCACUUUUUGGUUGGAUAUCUGACAGGUUUGGACGACGCGUCGCUCUUUUAUCAUCGACAAUUCUGAAUAUAAUAUCAAUGGUGUCCUCGGCAUUUUCUCCGGAUUAUUGGAUCUAUAACGGGCUAAGGUUGAUUAUGGGUAUUGCGACUGGUGGAUCUAUUAUAGUAUGUGUGCCAUACGUGAUAGAAAUAUGCAGUAAAAAAUAUAGAGAAGUAGCUGCAGCUCUUAUAACUAUACCCGACUGUCUGUCAGAACUAUCUUUAUCUUUAUUUGCUUAUUACUUUCCGACAUGGAAAUCUCUUACACUCGGAUUUAGUUCUGUGUCUGUGAUAAUUCUGUUGUUAGUUCUCACUGUACCAGAAUCUCCAAGAUGGUUGGUUUGUCACGGAAGAACAGAAGAAGCUAUUUCUACCAUAACGAAAGCUGCUGAAUGGAAUAAACUAAAAACUGAUCAUAUCAAAGACACAGUAAAUAAGAGUGUUGGAGCGAUAGCUCACAAAAUUAACACUGAUGUAUCCGCAUCAUAUUUCGAUUUAUUUAAGAAACCUCUAGCAAUAGUUACCUGGUCCACAAUAUUUAUUUGGGCCGUUGUUGGUACUAAUUAUUUUGGAUUAUAUCAAUACAUGACAUUUUUGGGAACUACUGUUCACACGACGGUGGUAAUGUUAGCAUUGCUUCAGUUUCCACUCUGUGUGUUUGUUGUAUUAUUGACAAAACGCUUCAGUAGAAAGCAAACCCUGAUUGGUGUACUAGUUGCAUGUGGUGUUCCAAUGCUUAUUCUGAUUUUUACUCCUAAAAACCACUGGGUUAGUAGUACUUUAGGGGUCAUAGGAUUUUCUGCAUGUCAUAUCGCCUUUGGGGUAAUAUACGUUUAUCAUGGGGAGUUAUAUCCGACGAGCCUAAGAAGUAUGGCUUAUGGAAUAACGUCGGGUACAAAUAAAGUAGGUGCGAUGGCGUCCCCUUUCAUAGCUCGAAUUUCACCAUCUUGGAUCCCAUCAUCUAUAUUUGCAUCACUGUCAUUUCUAGCAGCUGCCUUUUGUUUUCUGCUGCCUGAAACAAAGGGAAAUAAUUUAAAGGACACUGUAGACUAG